UUCAUGGCGGUUCCGGGGUCUCCAACAUUUUUCCCGGUUGUGGUUCUAAUCUGUCCCAAGCGGAGGCGGCGGAGCUUGAGGUUCUUGCUGGUGUGAAAUGACUGAGUACAAACUGGUGGUGGUUGGAGCAGGUGGUGUUGGGAAAAGCGCACUGACAAUCCAGCUAAUCCAGAACCACUUUGUAGAUGAAUAUGAUCCCACCAUAGAGGACUCUUACCGAAAACAGGUGGUUAUAGAUGGUGAAACCUGCCUGUUGGACAUACUGGAUACAGCUGGACAAGAGGAGUACAGUGCCAUGAGAGACCAAUACAUGAGGACAGGCGAAGGCUUCCUUUGUGUAUUUGCCAUCAAUAAUAGCAAAUCAUUUGCAGAUAUUAACCUCUACAGGGAACAGAUUAAGCGUGUAAAAGACUCAGAUGAUGUACCUAUGGUGCUAGUAGGAAACAAGUGUGAUUUGCCAACAAGGACUGUUGACACGAAACAAGCCCAUGAACUGGCCAAGAGUUAUGGGAUUCCAUUCAUUGAAACCUCAGCCAAAACCAGACAGGGUGUUGAAGAUGCCUUUUACACACUGGUAAGAGAAAUACGUCAGUACCGAAUGAAAAAACUCAACAGCAGUGAUGAUGGGACUCAAGGUUGUAUGGGGUUGCCAUGUGUGGUGAUGUAACAAGAUACUUUUAAAAUUCUAGCAUCAGAAAAGAGCCACUGUCAAGCUGCACUGACACCCUGGUCCUGACUUCCCUGGAGGAGAAGUAUUCCUGUUGCUAUCUUCAGUCUCACAAAGAAGCUCCUGCUACUUUCCCAACUCUCAGUAGAUCAGUAUAAUAUUCUCUAUUUGAGAAGUUCUCAGAAUAACUACCUCCUCACUUGGUUGUCUGAC